GCUCCUUUUGGACCGGAUCCAGCAUCGAUUCCUGUAAACGGUCACACCCACUUUACGUAGAGCAUACUGGAGAUACUGGAGAAAUAACCACAUCUGGAGGACUACAUCCACUUCCACUACAGCCACUACAACAUGGUUGCCCCGAAAACCAGAACCCCGGGAGACGCUCCGAAGCCAAACCAAUGGACAAACACAUUAUCCGACCCCAGAGAUGUAAGGGCGGCAGUAAAUAAGCUGGUGUCCCAUUAUCAGUUCGGGGUGCUGAAGGCUCCUCUGGGCUUCAUUAAGGUCCUAGAAUGGUUCUUCGCCAUCCUUGCCUUCUCCACCUGUGGCAGUUAUUCUGGGAUUUUCAGGAUUGCGGUAGAGUGCAAUAACCGACCGUACAGCGACCUGAGUAUAGAGGUGGAGUUUGAGUAUCCAUUCAGACUCCACCAAGAGUAUUUUGACGCCCCCAAUUGUAAGGAUGGGUACAGAGAUCGUAUUUUCCUGGUGGGCGACUACUCUUCCUCGGCCGAAUUCUUUGUCACCAUUGGCGUCUUCGCCCUCCUCUACUCCACAGCGGCUCUCAGCAUCUACGUCUUCUUCUUUGACAAAUACAAGGAGAACAACAAGGGCCCGCUGAUUGAUCUGGGAGUGACCGGAGUGUUUGCCUUCAUGUGGCUGGUGAGUUCAGCGGCCUGGGCCAAAGGUCUGUCUGACGUCAAGGCUGCAACCAAUCCAGAUAAUGUCAUCACUAUGAUCCCCGCCUGUUAUGUUAGUGGGAUCAACAGGUGCCGCGAAGUCCACGACCCGGUCAUGUCUGGACUCAGCACCUCUGUGGCAUUUGGUUUCAUUAACUUGAUCCUGUGGGUGGGAAACCUCUGGUUCGUCUUUAAGGAGAUGGGCAUCAUCGCUCCCUUCAUGCAGGCUCCACCUCCUCAGGGGAAACCUGCUGCACCCGAUACCCACACCCAGCAGGGGGCCCAUGAACAAGACCAAUUCACUGGCAACCAGGGAGGCUACCAACCUGACUACAGCCAUCAGGGACACAACCAGACGGCACACAGCUACAACCAGCAGGGGGUGCCCACUUCCUUCUCCAAUCAUAUGUGAGCUGUCAGGAAGCAG